ACCUUGCUUCCUUCCGCCCCUUCGUCCAGGCUCACUUCGCUCCCUCUUCUGCGUUCUGCUCCCUCUCACAAUUAACACGCCAUGUCAUCAGGUAUCGUCACUGGGAUGGACAGUGGGGCCGCCCCAUCUCGACAGGCAGAGAGAUGCAGCCCAGACGAAUUGAUGCACUUCACACUCCUGACGUCACCCUCGGUCGUGUUUCCGACGAUCAUGCUGGUAGAGGCCAUACGCACUAUUCGGGGAGAGAUGAGGAUGCUCCUUCGCAUCGUGAGGCGCAGGCGACCUAACAUAGCAGAAAUGUUAUUUUUUUCCCUCAAGUAUCUGGCCAUCUUUGCAGUCAUCGGUCACCUGCUCAUCCAGUACUCCAAAGGAUGGCUCAGUGCCCGAGGCUGCACUGUCAUGCACUGGCUCUCGUCCCUCUCUAUUUUUCUAUGCUCGUCCCUGGUGACUCUCACCCUCGCUUUCCGCUGCUACAUCAUUUUCGAGCGCAAACGCCGCAUCGGCUGGAGUUUACUCUGUCUCGUCGCCAUACAGCUGGCGGCGUCGAUGACUUUGGCCGCAGCGCUGGAGAAGUACAAUGCGCUCAAUGAGCCCGGUGGAUAUUGCGUCUGGCGCGACACCGCCAGGACGGUUCCGCCCAUAUUCCAGUUCAAUUUCUAUUAUGUGAGUCGAUGCCGCAGUGCUCUGUCGUGAGCGCGAUCACAAUGAAGAGAAACGCUUACUGCCGGCUCAUUUGUACGCACCAAAGGUUGCUUCUGUUGUCUGCGACCUGGUGAUGGUUGUCAUCUCCUGCUGGAAGCUUUUGGGUGGAAGUGUCAGACCAUGGACGAUGUUCAAGACAAGCCGGGUGCGUCGAAAGAAAUGUGCUGCAACGGUCUCGGUGUAGGUGGCAUUGACAUCUGAGCUUCUGCAAAAUCCUCUGAUCAGCUUCUCUUUCGGCACAACGUACACUAUGUG